GGGGCAGCGACGCGCCGGGCAGCGGGAGCGGCGGCCGCGCCAUGUGGCUGCUGGGGCCGCUGUGCCUGCUGCUGAGCAGCGCCGCGGAGAGCCAGCUGCUCCCCGGGAACAACUUCACCAACGAGUGCAACAUUCCGGGCAACUUCAUGUGCAGCAACGGGCGGUGCAUCCCGGGCGCCUGGCACUGCGACGGGCUGCCCGACUGCUUCGACAAGAGCGACGAGAAGGAGUGUUCCAAGGCCAAGUCGAAAUGCAGCCCGACGUUCUUCCCCUGUGCCAGCGGCAUCCACUGCAUCAUCGGCCGCUUCCGGUGUAACGGGUUCGAGGACUGUCCCGACGGCAGCGACGAAGAGAACUGCACAGCAAACCCUCUGCUUUGCUCCACCGCCCGCUACCACUGUAAGAACGGGCUCUGCAUCGACAAGAGCUUCAUCUGCGACGGCCAGAACAACUGCCAGGACAACAGCGACGAGGAAAGCUGCGAGAGCUCGCAAGAACCGGGCAGCGGGCAGGUGUUUGUGACGUCGGAGAACCAGCUGGUGUACUACCCCAGCAUCACCUACGCCAUCAUCGGCAGCUCCGUCAUCUUCGUGCUGGUGGUGGCCCUGCUGGCGCUGGUCCUGCACCACCAGCGCAAGCGGAACAACCUCAUGACGCUGCCGGUGCACCGGCUGCAGCACCCCGUGCUGCUGUCCCGCCUCGUGGUGCUGGACCACCCGCACCACUGCAACGUCACCUACAACGUCAACAACGGCAUCCAGUACGUGGCCAGCCAGGCCGAGCAGAACGCCUCGGAAGUGGGCUCCCCGCCCUCCUACUCGGAGGCCCUGCUGGACCAGAGACCCGCGUGGUACGACCUCCCUCCGCCACCCUACUCUUCCGACACCGAGUCACUGAACCAAGCCGACCUGCCACCUUACCGCUCCCGGUCGGGGAGUACCAACAGCGCCAGCUCCCGGGCAGCCAGCAGCCUCCUGAGCGUGGAAGACACGGGCCCCAGCCCUCCGGAGGGCACCGCCGAGCCCAGGGACUCCGUGCCCAGCCAGGGCACCGAAGAAGUAUAAAAUCCAGCUAUUCCAAACUCCACACGGGUCCAUCUGCUUGCUCUGACUUGUUACCAUCCUAACAACCUGCCCUCGGGAAGUCGGGGUGCCUCAGGGACUGAUCUGGGGUGUCAGCUGUCUCUCCAUCCCCCUCCUGCCCCAGAUUUCAGGGAUGUCCUCUGGGGGGGCCUGUCGUUUUCCUGGCCUCUCCAUUGGCACGAUGUGUGCGGGCAUCUGUCCUGGGAGGUCAUUCUUCCGCUCGGCCCAGGGUCACAGCCUCCCUCUCCACGUCAUUCUUCCGUUACCGCUGUCACCUGGCUGAGGAGGGGACAGGAUCACGCGGGUUCAGGGAGCGCCUGAGGAAGCAGUUUCUGUGGCCGUCGGAUGUGCAGA